GGUGCGCCUCGAGCACCAUCGUGCUGCAGGACCCCCGCGUCUCGCUGCGCCACUUCGAGAUCCGCCUCCUCCGCGGCGCUGGGGACGGCGGGCCGCCGUGGCUGGAGCUUCGGGACGAGUCCAGCAACGGCACGUGGCUGAACGACCGGCGCGUCGGCAAGGACAGCGGUGCGCCGCUGGCGACGGGCGACCGCAUCUUUGUCCUGCCGGCGGCGCGAGUGGGGCAGGGCGAGGCGAUAGGCUACAUUGUCACCGCCGCUCCAGCGCUGCCAGUGGCGGGCGGCGGGCGGCCGCUGGGGCUCGAGCACGAGUUCGCGGAGGGCGUGAGCUGCAGGCUCUGCACCGAGGCGCCCGUGCACCGCUGCCUCACCGCGGUGCCCUGCGGCCACCACUUCGACCUCGGCUGUCUGGCCGUGUGGCGGAAACGGUCCGCCAGGUGCCCUGAGUGCGGCGAGGGCAUCCGACAGGCGGUCAGGAACCGUGGUGUGGACGCCAUCGUGGAGACGCUCUCGAAGCUGCGUCCUGAGCUGGCGAGGGACCCGUCCACGCUGAGGCUUCUGGACGCCGCCGAGCGCAUGUGCGAGGGGGACGGCUCGCUGGCGGCGCUCCUCAAAGGGCUCCCCACGCCCUGCAGAGCCCGCUGCGAGUCCUGCGGCCCCGGCACGCACGCCUCAGGCGGAGACGGAGGCGGAGGCUGGGCUGGAGCCGGAGAUGGACGUGGAGACGCGCGCCUGCCGGGCCACCUCGCCCACCUGGCGCACGUGGUCCCCUUUGCGGACGCAGGACCCCCGCCGCCUCCGCCCGCGCCCAGCGCCCCUGCGCCCGCGGCCGGCGG